CUUUAAAAAAAAAAGUUGGUUUUAUGGCUUUCAAGAUUUCUAAAAUAUAUUUUAAACCGGUAUAAGGGUUUUAUAUUGCCUUCUGCUGCUCAGAAAAUGAACUGGCAGCUUCCGUAGUUUAACAUCGUUUAAAAAACAGUACGGACGAACAAAUAACGUUAGUUGUAUCAAAAGAAAGGAAAUGAGGGCGCAGUGAUGAAGGUUUUAUGUAUUUCUGUAGGGAACCUAAGACGCUUAAUUCACGCACUGAUUAGUUAAAAUGCGUAAUGCAUGAUUAGGUAAGUCGCUUGACCGAUUUGUAACCCUGCAGUAAUGACCUUUUUAUUAGAGCUCACCCCUCACGAGUUACCAUUUUCUCCCGACGCACCUCUUCUGGCUUCAUAUCCUUCCGUUAAUGGUCUAGCACCGGCAGUGCCCACCGUACGAUCUGCGUCUUCAGACGUGCUGGGGACGGAAUGGCGUAAACGACCGCUUCCACAGCGGACCUCGUUCCGUUUUGCGACGGCAGGAUCGUGGCAUAUCGGGUUUUUAAAAAUACGAGACAAACAGACAAAUGGCUGUGGGCACAAAUGAGUCUAUGUAAUCCCUGGAGCACGAAAAUAGAUCACCUUUCUUGCUGUCAUAUCGGUUCUGAGGUCUACCUAUCAAAAUGAGAAAUAAGCGCUGCGCGGCUGCAGCAGGGACAGCUGGCACUCUGGCGUUGGCCCAUGGGACCCUGCUCACGCGGGGCUUCACUUCAGCAGGCAUUGCCGCAAGUUCCGCGGGUGCCGGUAUGAUGUCAUCAGCCGCCAUAGCCAAUGGCGGGGGAGUUGCUGCGAGCGGUCUGGUGGCUCUUCUUCAAUCAGCAGAAAUUGAAAUUACAGCAACAGCGUUCAUGAAGAAAUGACACUUGACGUUCCAGAAAAGAUGACUCUCCACCAAAGUGCAAAACUGUAUAAAGCCUAUUAGCCUACUUAUUCAACACACAUCAGAUUAAACUAAUACUUAAUCAUCUAUGUUGCUGGUUGUGAUGGUUUGCAUUUUUAACAUAGCCUGUGUAAUCAAAGUAUAAUUAAAUAAGGUUCACAACCAGGAAAAUUAAUUUUUUAUAUAAAGCAAAGUAAGAAUGGUAAGAUUUUUUUACUCGUAACUACUUCAUUUCUGCAGUGCUAUGCUCACAGUGGUAGUUAUUGUUGAGCUUCAAUCUGUAUCUUGCAGGAAGAAGAAUUUCCAUAGGUUUCACUUGAUGAUGAUGUCAAUGUACAUUUCCUAGUUAUAUUGGUAUUGUAUAUUGGUUCCUUAACAUAUAUGGUAUUUCAUAAUAAAACAUUUAUAUAGAUCUGUAUGUUCAAAAUUGUAAGUGCAUGAAACAAAGCAUAUAUGAAAAAUGUUACUGUAUAUAUACGGUAUAUGUAAGACUAUGUAUAAAGUCAUGAUCAUAUAAAGUUAUUACAGACUUUGAAAAUGAACAGGGAGAUCAAAACAUAUAUUUGCCUGUUGUUUACAGUAAGUAAAGAAACAAAUUUGGAAAACCUUUUCCUUUCAGUAAAGAGUCUUCACUGACUACUGGGGAUAGUAAUGGUUUUGAGCAGAUUUGUGUUCAGAGCACAGAACAAAACUUCAGACAAUUGCAGGAAUACUGUGUAAGGUGCAUGCAAUUGAUCAACAUAGCACUGCAAAAAGAUUAUGGUCAUGCCCAAGUUAUGUUCAUCACUCCAACUUAUGUACGUUGGUCUUUUAAAGAAAAAAAAGUCGAUGCAUAAAACAUGUCAUUGAACCGAGAGCGAAUCCACAUUCCCAUCCACCAUCGUGUGUGGCGGUAAAGAAUGUUCAAAAGCUCAAUUAAGU